CGAGAGGCCCCUUAUUUCAAUUUCGACUGCUCCUCCAAAGAAAUUGUGAAAAGAGUCGCCCGUUCAGAGAACCCUCCCCUUCGCCCUCUAUUAUCAGAAGAUACGCAAAUGGAUGGCGACAUCAAGGACCUGAUUUAUGACUCCUGGCAGGAAAAUCCAGAUUUCAGGCCAAGUGUUCAACAACUUCAGAAACGUGUGGUGAAGAUGAACAAAGGAAAGAGGGUGAAUAUUGUGGACAGAAUGUUGGUCAAAAUGGAAGCGUAUGCCAACAAUCUCGAAGAAAUUGUUGAACAACGAACAUCCCAACUCGUUGAAGAAAAGAAAAAGACGGAUAAACUGCUAUAUAGGAUGUUACCUGCGGUAAUAGCUGACGAACUGAAACAGGGAAAGACGGUGGUGCCAGAAAUUGUAGACAUGUGUACAGUUUUCUUCAGUGACAUCGUGGGAUUCACAUCGUUAUCAUCUAGAAGUACACCAAUUCAAAUUGUACAAUUUCUGAAUGAUUUGUAUUCAAUGUUUGACGAAAUUAUAGAAUUGUACGACGUCUACAAGGUUGAGACAAUUGGUGAUGCUUACAUGGUAGUCAGUGGGAUACCAGUGAGAAAUGGAGAACGUCAUAUUGUUGAGAUUGCAAAUAUGUCUUUACAUCUACUCAGCUCCAUCCUAAAGUUCAAGAUCGCUCAUGUGCCUGACAAACGAAUUCAAGCUAGAAUAGGACUCAACUCUGGUCCGUGUGCCGCAGGUGUUGUUGGUCAUACAAUGCCACGAUAUUGUCUGUUUGGAGACACAGUCAACAUGGCGUCUAGGAUGGAGUCUACAGGACUACCAAAUAAAAUACAAUUGAGUCCAGGUGCUCUCAAGGAACUCAAAAAUAAUUCAGGGUAUACAACAGUGAAAAGAGGGGCAAUAGAAGUUAAGGGUAAAGGGAAAGUUGUUACAUAUUGGCUUGAGGGACACGUGGAUUUUCACA